GAGCCCGCUGCACUGCGCCCGGCAAGCCCGCGCGUCCCCUGCUCCCUCCCCGGCGUGGGGGCGUCAGGCUCGCGCCUGCGCGCGGAAGGAGGGGCGCGGCCCAGGACCCCCGACCACGGCGCGCAGCUGUCCUGUGCGGGGCGGCGGGCCGUCAUGCUGCCCUAGGCCCUAGGCCCCCACGGAAGCCGCGGCUGUGGGUAGCAGGAGUGCGGGCCACCCGCGCUGCGCUGGGCCAUGGCGUUCCUGACUGGGCCUCGCCUGCUGGACUGGGCCAGCUCGCCGCCCCACCUGCAGUUCAAUAAGUUCGUGCUGACCGGGUAUCGGCCGGCCAGCAGCGGCUCCGACUGCCUGCGCAGCCUCUUCUAUCUGCACAACGAGCUGGGCAACAUCUACACGCACGGGCUGGCCCUGCUGGGCUUCCUGGUGCUGGUGCCGAUGACCAUGCCCUGGGGACAGCUGGGCAAGGAUGGCUGGCUGGGGGGCACACACUGCGUGGCCUGCCUGGCACCCCCUGCGGGCUCUGUGCUCUAUCACCUCUUCAUGUGCCACCAAGGGGGCAGCUCUGUGUAUGCCCGACUCCUCGCCCUGGACAUGUGUGGGGUCUGCCUUGUCAACACCCUCGGGGCCCUGCCCAUCAUCCACUGUACCCUGGCCUGCAGGCCCUGGCUGCGCCCAGCUGCCCUGGUGGGCUACACUGUGCUUUCAGGAGUGGCUGGCUGGAGGGCUCUCACCGCCCCCUCCACCACUGCCAGGCUCCGGGCCUUUGGUUGGCAAGCAGGUGCACGCCUGCUGGUGUUUGGGGCCCGCGGACUGGGGCUGGGCUCAGGGGCUCCAGGCUCCUUGCCCUGCUACCUGCGCAUGGACGCACUGGCACUGCUCGGCGGGCUGGUGAACGUCGCCCGUCUGCCAGAGCGCUGGGGACCUGGGCGUUUCGACUACUGGGGCAACUCGCACCAGAUCAUGCAUCUGCUCAGCGUGGGAUCCAUCCUGCAGCUGCACGCCGGGGUGGUGCCCGACCUGCUCUGGGCCGCCCACCACGCCUGCCCACCAGACUGAGCUGCCUGCCCCUAGGAGCCAAUGCCGUGCUUCCUCCUGCUGACGUCAAGGGGCUGGCUCCUUGGUACAGACUUCCUCCUCGGAGUAGCUGCCCCUCCAUCCAUCUCUGUGGACUGACCAUGCCCCCCACCCUUGUCUUGGAGCUCUGGCUUCUGCUCCCUGUCUGGGUCCUGUGAGGACUCAACCAGACCAACUGGGGCACUUCUUGCUGUGUCUGUUGGGAGUCCUGCCAGCCUGGAGCCAUCACCUGUCCUGACCCUCCCACAAGGCCUCUCUCGGUGCUUGGGCCAGCCCCCAGGCCACGCUUCCUGACUCACACAUUUCUGCCCCCACAUGUCCGCCCUCUCAGCAGCUGGCUCGCUCCACCUCCCUCCUGUCCAGGAUAGUGAGGGUUUUGGGUAGCAGGACCAGCCCCCUCAUCCAGCAGCAAGUGGGUGUUGGCAUUUCUGUCCAGUGGACAAAGUGGCUCAAGGGUGGCUGCUUCUGCCAGGCAGCUGCCGCAGAUGCACAGGGAGUAGCCAGGGAGGCCCAUCUAGACGAAGAGUCUGCCCUGUGUCUUGAAUGCCAUGUGGACAGCACAAGCUGCCCACUGCAUCUGCUCCACAAGCGGGAAGGCUCCAGGCUGAGGCCCUGGCUUCUGCAGCAGG